UUAAAUGUUCUUAUAUGUGUAGAAAAUGUUUUAAAUUCGUCCAAACCUAACAGGUAUAUUAUAUUUCAAUCAUCGAUAAACAAAAUUAUUUGAAGGGAUUCACCUAUACGCUUUGUAAGGACAGCAUUGUGGUUACGACAAUUUGAACAAUGACAACUUCCGCAAAUUAAAAUACAUAAAUAUAAUUGACAUAAUUUGGCGUAAACACAUUAAUGGAGAACAUUUCGUUUCGGAUUUUAAGGAUUUGUAUAUUUGUGUGCUCAACAGAACUUCAAAAUGUUCAGCUAUUAUCAGGACCAGAACCAUGUCCAGAUAUUGCCCACAGUACAACCAUCGCGGAUAUGUGCACCACUGAUUUUGCUAGUGAAGAUUCGAAAAACGGAGGCACAACAACAGACAGUGUUGCGUUACGUGUCAUGACCAAACAAGAUGGAUGUACAUGUGAACUUAGUUUACAAAAUCAAUAUAAGAUGCACACUGUUUACAUGAGAAAGUAUGAUUUACUGACAAGUGCAGCUCCAGAACAGGAGGCAUGUGGACUUGCCAUUGACAUAGACUAUACCAGUCCAAAAACUAUUCCAGAGAAUAAGGCUUCAAUUGAAUGUACAAAAGGAACAAAUACACGCUCUGUUUCACUUCCACAAAAAGGAGUUAUAUAUCUGAGAUCUAGAACUAUUGGUGGUAAUUUCGUCAGAGGAUACUGCAUACAAAUAUAUCGACAUCAUAUAACUGGCGGAAACGUAGGCAUACAAAUUAACUGCAGUCAUCCUAAUAAGCAAACAACGCAACAGGACAAGAAUAAUUCAAAUACAGAUUCAACCCUGUAUAUUGCCAUCGGUGUAGGAUCUGUUGUUGUGGUGAUCGCUUUGUUUGUAGUAGUAGCUAUUAUAAUUAUCAGGCGAAAAGUUAAUACAAAUAAGGAUAAUACCGAAGUUCAACCUGAUACAGAUUGCACUGAUUAUGAUUCAGACGGAUUGAAAUAUAAUACUCUAUACAAUGCAUCUGAACAACAAGACAUCAUGGAAGGGGAUUAUCAUACUGUUGACUUAGAAAGGAAACAAAAUAGAACUGGGAUACAAACCUUUGGUGGCGACUACAGUGCAGUUGACGGAAACUAUAGCUCCAUUGAUAUAGUUAACAUGCCUGUGAAGGAUGGUUCAAAAACCAACAAUAAAAUUAAGUCAACAUCCACCACAACAGAUAGAUCAGAAACACAACGAACUGAAGAAGAGACGAGUAAUAAUUUAAAACAUGUGACUCCAAUGGCUAAUAGUAAUGUAGAGUAUGCCGUUGUAGACAAUAGAGGAACAAGUGAUAAAAAAGUAAAACACGUUACUGCUCCAAACGAUAGCAAUGUAGAGUAUGCUGUUAUUGAUAAAAAAAUACAAAUCUAAUAAAACUUAAUAUAAGUUUAUAAAGUAUAUAUAAUAAAACUGUAUUUCGGUAUCUU